UUGCAGGCUGUACCUAACCUUGGUCCGAUCGAAUACAUCAUCAGUACUCCGUCUAGCCACCGAGUCCAUCAUGGCAGAAAUCCAUACUGCAUCGACAGAAACUAUGGAGCAGUGUUCAGCGUGUGGGACAGGCUUUUUGGCACUUAUGAACCAGAACGAAAGAACGAAGAAAUCGCUUACGGGUUGGUCAAACCGGUAGCGUCAUUCGACGAGAUGUGGUGCCAGGCAAGCAUUCAAAUGAUUAAUUUCUCACAGCUAUUCGCACUUAAGACGUUCGUCUACGACAAAUGUCAGAUGAGAAACGAGAAGAAUAAAGAGCUAUUCCCAGGUGUAUGGAACAAGGUUAAAGCCGCUUCUAUACCCUCCGGCCUACUUUCCUGGAAUGCGAACAAAGUGGUUCUUUCUGUGGCUAUCUAUGGAGGAUCACACUGCGGGAGCACCUGA